AUGGGUAACCUCAAAGAUCCUCCAGUCGAGAUUCGCCAGAUGAUCCUUCAUCACACGUGGCUGUCCACAUCCUCUAUUCUGAUGCUUGAGACAGACGGUCUUAUCCAUCUUGCCAACAUCAUCCGAAACUCUCAUAUUGUGGAAGAGGAGGAAGAGAAUUCUCUAUUCGUGAGAUCAAGCAAUGCUGAAGAUUGUGAGCAGGACGAGUUCGAAGAAGAGGAGGAUGGUCCGGCUCACCUACCAAUUGGGCUCCCGUCUUGGCUCCUCACCAAUAAGGCAAUGCUUGCUGAUGGCAUAGCUGUGUUCAAUCGCCAUGGAGAAUGCCAGCUGGAGAUCGACACAGCAAUGAUCAGGGGAAAUCCGCACGAAGCGCUUAAGGGCAAAGACCAUGCUCUAUACAAUCGCCAUCUCUUCUCGCCUCUGAUCUCGCCAUACAACGUUCAGCGGCUUCGAGUCGUCCUACACAAGUCAGGGCGUAACGCAUUCAAGACCCCAACUCCGAUGAUCGAGUUAAGCCCAGAUCACAUCCAGUAUUGUGAGGCUUUAUUCAAAGAUGUCACUGCUUCUGCAAAAGUCGAAGAGGUAGAACUCUGCCUCAAGAACUUUCAUCAUUCAGGCCGUCCUGUGGAAGUCAAUACCGAUGCUCUUGGUGGCCUUGUUUGGCCUUUAGCAACGCUGGCCCGCUUGCAGAUCGGACUACCCACAUCGUGGGACGAUAGAGUCACUCGAGAGGGCCGAGAUGAAGUAGAGGACCGGCUCUUACAGAAGUUGCGAGAGAUUGGAGAAGGGGCACUUGCAGGUAUGGAAAGGUACCCAGCUAAGGACUUUGUGAAGAAGGAGGACGGUAGACCAGGAGUUUACGGGUACCUGCAUCGCGACUGGAAGUUCUUCUGGGAGGGCGUUGGAUCUGUUUGA